AAUUUUUAAAUUAUGGCAAAGUUAAAAAGAAAAAUAGUUCGUGCUCCAAUGCCUGCGCCUAGACAGCAACAUCAACGUAAGGAAAACUAUAGGAACACAACAGAAGAAACAGAUGGUAAAAACCAUUGGAAUACAUUACCACAAGAAGUGAUGGUAAAUAUAUUUGAUUAUCUGCCACAGAGCGAUCUGUUUAGACUAGCGACGGUAUGCAGGUCUUGGCGGGAUUUGAUCCACACUACGCCCCACUUUUGGCGAACCAUGCACCUGAAGCUUAGCUGUGCACACAAAUCUCUUCAUAGCAAAAGAACUUUGUGUUUAUCAAACAUUCUCGGCGGACAUUUCAAGGAAUUGUGGAUCUCUUGCCUUCAUCAGCAUGCCAAUGCUGGGUGUAAAUCCAUGGCGAAUGAUUUUCGGAAAUUUUUGUUGAAUUUACAGCAUCCGUCUCUGACUUCAAUAAAAAUAGUUGACCUGCAGUUACAAGGCGCGUUGUUGACAACUGUUUCCGGUAUCCGUCAAGUUAUGAUGCGCAUGCUCUCCGGCCUUGACCGUCUUCAUUGUUUCCAAAUGUCGUCUGCGCAGUGGCCGCUCCAUGAAGGCAUCAAGGUCAUGGACACCGUCUUGACCGUGUCCAGGGGAACCCUACAGUCACUGGUCAUCGACGGGUUCUUUGAGGCGACUUCUUUAGCCCAGAGACCGGCUGAGUUUGAGCGAGUGACCAACGGCAUCCUUUCUCUCAACCGCCUGACAAAACUAGGCAUCGACUACCAGCUCCUGACUGACAGCUUUGUGACAGCGCUGUCCAGGUCACACACAGGACAGCUCAAGGUACUGAAGAUCGUGGCAAGCAAAUUGGAAAAUAACACGCCCCUGAUAAAAGAACGGGCCUGGUUGUGUUUGACAAAGGCUUGUCCAGCAAUGAAAGUGGCCUACACCGUUGAUGGCAUGCCUUCAUUCAUGGCAAUAUAUAACGCUUUGGAUCCAUGCUUACCCAUCUAUAAAAUACGUCUACUGCUUGCAGAGAAACCCCAAUCUCUCGAGUUGGAUGAUUUUACGGUGGCAGUGGUACUGUCGCUAUUCAUGGUUAGUUUUUGGCGUCGUUUGGUGAAGUUUGAGAUGGAUAUUGCAAGCAAGAGUGAACUGAUCGAUCUAACAUUUCUAAUGCUCGUUACGCAAUGUGAAAAACUGCUGUAUGUAAAAACCUCAGCAAACUUUCAUUACCCCGAUACACUGAGUGUAGCAGAGAGAUUGAUACAACAGCGUAAACGUCAGCACGACGAGACGCAGUGCGUAGAGACGCCAUGCAAACGAGCGAAAACCAACCCGCGACUGUGAGCAGGUUCGAGUACCGCUGACGCAAGAGUGAAAAAAGGGGGGCGGUGCUUUGGAUGAGACCUGUGCGGUUGAUCAGUUUUGCGAGCAGACGAUUAACGAUGAGUUCGGUUGCCAUAGAAGUAGUAAUUGUUACAUCAUCACAAGAAUUAACAUCUAAAUUUCCAUUUUGUUUUUUCAAAUAUAAAAAGAAUGUAAAACAUAACAUGUAGAACUAUAAAUGAAUUUAAAAACUAAUAUCAAAAAUAUUUUAAACAAAAUAACUUUUAAGUGUUUUACUUACAUAUGUGAGUACGAUUAACGUUUGUUUUAUCAAGAAAUGUAAAAUAUUGACUAAAGGUUGUAAUGAAAAUAUAUAAAACAUUUUUAAAUAUACCAUCAUUUUUAUUAUUGUUUAAAAUAUCUAUUCUUUAAGUUAGUACAGCAAACAUCGUUUUGUGAAAUCUGUUCAAGUGAACUUUUUAAAUGCUUU